AUGACGAGCAAUAUGACCUCGUUCAUUAUGCAUUUUCUGAAUGAUGAGCCAUUCAAUCUUAACUUGUCUACACUCCAAUUUGACAGUAUGCAGCCACAGCAACUGCUUCAAUUGCUGAGUAACGUUCUCUGCUGGAUCUUUGACCAAGAGCGAAUUGAUAUAAAACGGGAAGCAGCCGAGGAAACAGCAAUUCGCGUUUUGAAUUCUCUCCGUAUUCUUCGCUACCGUCCACCACAAGACCAGGAAGAACAAGAAGAAUGGCGUGCCGGGAUUGUUGAGGGUCGCAAGGGCAGCCUCUAUCCGUUGCUCGUUUUUCUGUUUGAGAAUUCGGAAGCGUUGAAAGAGCGAGCAUAUUUGGCAAAAUAUUUGAUGAAGACUGAUGUUCCUGGGGAAUUCUUCGACUAUGAUAUUGAGGAGCUUCAGAAUGACGUUACGGAAUUGAUGAACGAGUUCAAGGAAAUCCACGCGGAAACCAAGGAUAUUAUGGCGGAUGUACUUUUGUUGAAUGAUAUCAAAGAAGAUCUAAAGUCGAUGGAAAAAGAAAAAUUAAUUUUAAUCCGUAAAAUUGAGAGAACAGAAGCAAAAGUUCAGACUAUUCCAUAUUUUGAAAAACAAAUGCAACUAGCUUCUCAACUUCGUGGAGAGAAGUCUCGCUACGCGGAACUCAUGCAACAGAAGCAGAUUGAGAGACAAAAGGUGCUGAACAUUGAGUCCAGAAUCAAUCGCAUGAAAAUCAAUUUGAGUGAGGCUCAAGCGGUCGCCGACACGUUGGACGAACAAGCACUAAUGGAAAAAUUAGAGGACGAAGUUGCAACAAAUACAUUUCUGGCAAAUGGAAAAUUGUUUAAUGAGAUUGAAUAUAAGGAGAACAAGCUUCGAGAGUUGAUAAACAUGGCAAAUUCAAAUUCAGUAACAGAAGAGGAUUUACAGAAAAUGACCGAAGAUAUCGAAGAAAUGAGGAAACGAAUUCGCAAGCUAGAAGAUGAGAGAGACCACAAGGAAGUGGAUAUAGAUGAGAACAUGAGCGUGGUUCGUCAUCAGGUCUCCACUCUCGAACGCAAGAAAGAGAUAGCAGUGCAGAAAUUGCAAGAGUUGAGGCAAGAUCUUGCAAGAAUCGAAAAAGACGUUGAAGACCGAAAGAACGAUCUGAAGGACAAAAUGGGCGGAGACGUGGUGUCGAAUGUGCAAUACCGCAAGUAUUUGGAGCAAUACAGAGCAAAAAGUGAGGAGCAGAAAAGGAAAAGACUGGAAGAGGAACUCACUUAUGCUGAGAAAGGCGUUCUCAGUGGUACUGUGGAUAUACUUUCGAAAAGAUUCAAAGAACUAGAGUCUCAUAUUGAGAGCCUUGGCGGUGAAGUGGUGGAAGUAUUGAAUGUUCCAACGAAAUACGAUCGUCCAAAAACUGCAGCUCCGCAAACAAACGAUGCCGAGGAUAUCAAAUUCGAGAUGCAAGACAUGAUGAGAGCGUUGGACGAGAGAAAAGAGAGAAUAACGGAUCAGCGGCAAGUCAGAGACGAAAUGAGAAAUGCUUUGAUUAAAAUGACGGAAGAACUUGAAGAACGUCAGAAACAACAAGCAGAAAUAAUGUCAGAAAUACAAUUGAAGCACCGGAUGAAAGUAGAUAAAAUCAAAGCUCUCGAAGAUUCGAUUGCAAAUUGCAAGGAAGAUAUUCCAAGGCUGGCUAAGGAAUUACAAGGGUUGCUGGAGGAUAAGAACAGUUUAGAUGGAGUCGCUGGAUCUAAUUUGGAGGAUCUAGUUGCUGAAGCUACCGGGAAAGAAAAUGAAAUCGAUGCUGCUGUUGGAGAAAUUGGAGAUGUGGAUGAGCAACGGUAUCAAGCAGAAAUGUGGAAAGAUGUUCUGUCAAUGUUCGAGCUCAAGAUGGAUUUCAUAGCUGGAAAACUUGAUGCGCCUUCAUACCCGUAUUGA